UCGAGCAGCUUCUUUUCUUCUCUUCUCUUCUUGCCCUUUCAGGGUUCUGGUCUCGGGGACCAGGCUGUCUUCAGGCAGCAGGGGGGCAGCGCGUCUGCCUCUGUUCAACCUUGUAAGGAUGAUUCCUCAAAAACCAAAGCAGCGCUUGGAGGCGCACGUUGCCGCAAAUCCCGUGGCCAGUACAGGUGACGGCGCUUGCACGCAAUGGGAGGCGGACAAAUUCUUCUUGCGGGAAUCCGCCACCAGCAUCCACCGUCGGCAUGCACGCCAGACCCGGGAUGGGCUGCAUGGCGUGGUGCUGGCCGCAGACGCGGCCGCUGCCCUGGCCGACCGGCCGGGUGCCAGCACCGCGCAGUGUCAGGCUGCGGCCAUGGCCAACUUGGCGGUGCGGGAGGAGCGGGCAGCUGCCACAGCGGCCAGCCACAAUGCCCGCGCUGCACUGAUGGAGGAGCAUGGGGAGCGGGGCACUCACUGGUUCCAUCGACAGGCGGACGAGCCAGCAGCCGGCGCGCAGGAGCCAAUCACGCACUUGAAGGUGCCGGGGCAACCGGCGCCUGUGGCGCUCACGGGGCCGGGCACGCGCAACACUGUCUCCGCAGCCACCGCAGCCAUGUACAGCAGCACCAGCCCCACCGGCCUGUUCCGCGUGCAGCCGGUCUGUACGGCGUCGCAGCAACAGCUUCUGGCGGCCAUUGACCAGUGGCAGUGAAAUGGCGGCGGCGCUGCCCGCCUCCUGGCGGGAGGGCAUCAUCACCCUCAUCUACAAGGGCAAAAGCCUGGACCGCGCCGAGCUGGCGUCCUACCGGCCCAUCAUGCUGCUCAACUGCGACUUCAAGAUGGUGUCCAAGGCCGCCAGCGCCCGCCUGCAGCCCGCCCUGGAUGCAGUUGUGGAUGAGCUGCAGACCGCGUUCAUCACCGGCCGCUGGAUUGGAGACAACGCAGGAAGGGCCCUGGUUUACCAAAACCCAUCCACACCUUGGUGGUGUGUAGACCCCCCCUGUGGUGCAGGGAGUCUCUGGGGUACAAGGCUGGAGCUCUGGGCCUGCAACUGGAGAGCUUUCAAGUUCAAGAUCCAAGAUUCAAGUGGAGCUCUGGGCCUGUCAACUGGAGAGCUCUAGAUGAUCUGUGUGGUCAAGGCAGUGGCUGUAGUUGUCACCUAGCUGUUGAGAACUCCAGUAGGUGUGUGGUGUCACCUGGCUGUUGAGGUUUCCAGUAGGUGUGUGGUGGAACAAACUUCUCUUCUCUUCUCUGAUCUCUGGCCCUAUCAAGGUUCUGUGAUAUGAUCCAGGCUGCCUUGGCAGUAGGGUGGUGGUGCGUCUACCACCGCAACCUUGUAAGGAUGACUUUAA